UAUUUAAAAAUGUUUAAAAAUAAAGCUAUGGAAAAACAUAGCUAAAAGUUUGUAUAAUCUAAACUAACUUUGGCCUUUUACUUAACUUGAUCGCACCAUUUUAAAAUAUCGACCCAAAUGAAAAUCUAACAAAACAUACCAGCAAAAAGAAAUAUAUUUUUAAAAAUCGAUCUGUAAUACACAACCUAACAAGGUAUAGAUCUUUAUGUGACGUAAUGGUGUAUGCACACUAAUCCUAGGCCUAUUUGUUUUUUUCAAAAAGCCCAGAAUGCCUUAAAAGGCAAUGAUGGUUAUUGCAGUGUGCAGUUCUAUAUAUGGGUUCUUAGUAAAUUCUAAUACAACACGACGAUUUAAUGAUUGAAAGCAUUCUUUAAUGCCACUGCCUAUACUGCAGCAGACAUUCUAAUUCUUCUGCUAGAGACGUAACAGAUCAUGAAAGAAAUGGAGCUUCUCCCACACUGGCAGAACUGUGAUGACAUCAUCAAGAGUAACCAAACGAUGCUUGACCACCAAUAUGCCUGCGACAUCCACUUCAAGCUGGGAAAGGACGGGCUACGUCAGGGGGCGCACCGUUACAUUCUGAUUAGCAGAAGUCCUGUGUUUGACGCCAUGCUGCAGUCUCCCUUGCAAGAAAACGGCCAAGAUGGAUGUGACGUCACCAUACCUGACAUAGAACCCCAAACGUUUCUUCUAUUUCUGAGAUACCUUUACUGUGGUGACGUCAGCCUCUCUGCAGACUCCGUUAUCCCCCUCCUGUACUGUGCCAAGAAAUACUCAACCAGCGGCUUAUCCAAGAAGUGUCUGUCGUUUGUAGAAGACAACCUUGACCCACAGAAUGCCUGCGCCUUGUUGGAACAGGCCCACUUCUUCGACGAGCGUGAAUUCCACGAGAAAGUUCUGGCUGUUAUACUGAGGAGAGCCCAGGAGGUCCUGGCGAGUGAUGACGUCAGUCAACUGUGUGAGAGCUGCCUGGCUGCGAUCGUAGCUCACGAUAACCUGAUGGCCGGCGAAGAGUUGGUUCUGAACGCUUGCAUACGAUGGGCUAAAGCAGAAUGUAGAAGACGUGGUUUGGCUGAAACUGAUGAAAACUGUAGAAUUAUGCUUGGGAGUACACUUUACAAGAUUCGAUUUCCUCUUCUGACUCCGUCGGUAUUUGUCAACGAAAUAUCUCAAGGUCAUCUUCUUUCGGAGGAAGAGAAAGUGGACGUAAUGGGACCCUUCAUUGUAUCCACAAGAACAAGUGUAUUCUUCCCGUCCACAUCACGUUCUAUACAACGUCACCAGCGCUUUAACAGGUUUCAGGAGCGGAGCCAGGCUGCUUUCAACAACCGCUCAGGAAACAGUGCCAUUACCUUCCAGAUCAACAAAGUAAUUUUCAUCGAAGGUUUUUCUAUCUACGGAGCGUGCAAAGGGACGCAACAGGAGUUACAGAUCAAAGGUCAAAUCUUUGACCCCAGUGACAACGUUGUCUGCAGUGUUGAGUCCUGUCUUAUCACAACCGGAAAACAAGACAUAUAUGACGUCAUGUUUGACCAGAGGGUACGUCUGUUCCCAGACGUGGCCUACACUCUGGUGGCCAGCAUUCAAGGCCCCCACACGUUUGCUGGCCAACAUGGCCGCCUCUCGGCCUUCUGCAACGGGACGGUUUUCGCUUUCAGCCAUUCGGAGAAAUCCCAGACUGGAACCACGGUCACGCAUGGUCAGCUGCCUGGGCUGAUAUAUUCUCUUUUAUAAUGCUGGUUGGUCAUUUGCAGUCAACUUCUUUGUCUAAU